AUGGCCAUCAACUUCUCGGCGUCGUUCGCCGCCUGCCUGGCGGCCGGCCUCAAAGUGCCUCGCCAGAUCAUGUACUGCAUAUCCCAAGAUACCGCUGCCCCUUACGUUCUCUACAAAGAUGGAAUGGACCGGACCCAGACCCAAUGGGGUCACCAAGACAUCUACCCGCCGCCUCAACAGCAAGCCGCGACGGGAGCGGGCAGCCCGCAGCAAGUCCUCGGCCCUCCCACAGUUCCGCUCGGCGUGGAGGCUGACACAGUGCCACCUAGAGACCAGAGUCUUCCGUCGCCCGCACCCUCGCCGUAUCCUGCCACCCAAGCCGAACCGAGGGAAGACGAAAUUCGCCCGGAACAGCCAAACAUGGACCUAGAGCCGAGACCGGCGUCUGAAUGCUUCAACACGGACUUGCAGCAACAGCAGGCGUACCAACAGUACGCGAGAGCACCGCCCCCGGCAGCUCCACCGCCCACAGGGGCACCACCGCCCGUACCGCCCCACAUGCUCGGGGCCGGCAGUUUCUCCGCUCUGCAGUAUCUCAAACAGCCCGGGAUGAUGCUGACUAGUCUAGGACCCGAGACCAAUAACCAGCUGGAUCAGUACUCUUCGAACAUGCAGGAUCUGCGAGCAGCCGCACUUCCGGAUGUCAUCCAGCAGCAACACGCGGGUAUGAAAAAACACACCAACGGCAUGAGCGGCGAGCUGCGGUUGUUCAAGUGUUUGACCUGCGGCAAGGACUUCAAGCAGAAGUCCACCCUACUACAGCACGAGCGUAUCCACACCGACAGCCGGCCUUACGGGUGCCCCGAGUGCGGCAAGAGGUUUCGCCAGCAGUCGCACCUGACCCAGCACCUGCGGAUUCACGCCAACGAGAAGCCAUACGCGUGUGUGUACUGCGAGCGGACGUUCAGGCAGCGCGCUAUCCUGAACCAGCACCUGAGGAUCCAUUCCGGUGAGAAGCCCUAUGAGUGCCCGGAGUGCGGCAAACACUUCCGGCAGAAGGCUAUCCUCAACCAGCACGUCCGCACACACCAAGACGUCAGCCCCCACCUGGUCUUCAAAAACGGAAUCAACCCGACCCUGUGGCCCCAGGACGUCCCGUUUCCUCCAGACGAGGGAAAAGAAGAAGUCCAAUCGACGUACGGUGACGGCGACAACUCCGACAGAGCUUCCUGCUUCUCCCCGAACGGAAUGCCCGGAGGCCUACAGUACCCCGCCUACUUCAAGGACGGCAAAGGCAUGAACCACGCCCAGCCCGGUAAAAUCGGCUUGCCAGACGUGAUCCAACACGGCAGGUCAGCCGGGAUGCCCCUGUACGUGCGCUGUCCGAUUUGCCAGAAGGAGUUCAAGCAGAAGUCCACGCUACUGCAGCACGGCUGCAUACAUAUCGAGUCGAGGCCGUACCCUUGUCCGGAGUGCGGGAAACGGUUUCGUCAGCAGAGCCACCUAACCCAGCACCUGCGAAUUCACACUAACGAAAAGCCGUAUGGCUGCGUCUACUGCGGAAGGAACUUCAGACAAAGGACGAUCCUCAACCAGCACCUGCGGAUCCAUACGGGGGAGAAGCCCUACAAAUGCGCGCAGUGUGGGAAAGACUUCCGACAGAAAGCCAUCCUGGACCAGCACACCAGGACGCACCAGGGCGACAGGCCGUUCUGCUGUCCGAUGCCGAACUGCAGGAGGCGCUUCGCCACGGAGCCAGAGGUGAAGAAGCACAUCGACAACCACAUGAACCCGCACGCUGCCAAGGCCAGGAGGGACUCUACAGGUUCCGACGGAAAAUUACCCGGCAACGGGAUGUUAUCCAGGGGGUUGACGCCCACGACCGUAGUGAAGCCCGAGCUGUACUUCCCCCAAUGCUACGCGCCCAGUUUCAACCCUCCCACGCAGUUCCAGGCGCCUAAUCCUGAAUUUAAACCGCCUAACGCUCUGCCGGCCCAGUGA